AUGGUGUCCGCAUUGUUGGGAUAUGGGGGUAGUGGUAAGACAACUCUUGCAUCUUCUCUUUAUAUGAAAAUCUCUUGCCAUUUUCAAGGUCAUUGCAUUGUUGAGAGUGUUAGGGAGAAAUCAAGCAAACAUGGUUUAGAAACUAUGCAAGAAAAAAUUAUAUCAAGUCUUUUGAAAACAAAAAUGGAAUUGUUGAGUGUCGAAGAAGGAAAGCACAUUAUAAGAAGUAGGCUAAGUCGUAGCAAUGUCUUGAUUAUUCUUGAUGAUGUCAGUGACCGUAAGCAACUAGAUGCUUUAGCUGGAUCACAUAGGUGGUUCGGUAAUGGGAGCCGAAUAAUAAUUACAACCAGAGAUGAGCAUCUGCUAAGAACUCAUAAGGUGGACCAUGUGUGUCCAGUCACACUUUUAUCACAUGACGAGGCUAUUUCGCUUUUUAACAAACAUGCAUAUAACAAAAAUAGCCCUAUAAACGAUUAUGAUAAACUUUCAUUACAUGUGGUUUCUUAUGCUAAUGGGCUCCCAUUAGCACUCAAAGUUUUAGGUUCUUUCUUAUAUGACAAAGAUGAGAAGGAAUGGAUGAGUUCCUUGGCUAGACUAAAAGAUAUUCCGCAAAUAGAAAUUGUGGAAAAGCUCAAAAUUAGCUAUGAUGGACUUAAUAUCGUCGAAAAAGAGUUAUUCUUAGAUAUUGCAUGUUUCUUUAGAGGUAAAAGCAUAGAAUUCACGUAUCAUGGUAGUGAUGAAGCAAUGGAGGUAUUUGAAGCUUGUGGUUAUCACCCUGAUAUAGGAAUAAAGGUGUUGAGACAAAAAGCUCUCAUAACUAUUGUAAAUGGUAAGUUUGAUAUGCAUGAUUUGGUUCAAGAAAUGGGACAUUAUAUUGUUAGAGGGGAACAUCCUAACAAUCCUGAAAAACAUAGCAGAGUUUGGAAAGAUGAUGAAAUCAGAAACAUGUGUCAUGGGGACGCAACCAUGGGAAAUGUUAUUAAAAAUCACUACAUGCUUCUGAAACUUGAAGGCCAUGAGAUUGCAAAGGAGUUUAGACCUCCUCUUGCUAGCGGGAGUAUAUUUAAAUUGAAACUUCCGGAGAAUUGGUCCAAUGAUUUUUCUGGAUUCUUAAUGUGCGCAGUUGGGACAUAUGAAAUUUCAUAUUAUUCUCAAAGGAUAUGUAUGGAGCACGUAUCGAGUUGUAUGGAAUAUAAAGAUGAUAUGGUUUGGGAGGAGAGUGAUAAUGAUAAAAGAACAUUAAUUUGGUAUGUUUCAUUUGCUUCAUUGAAACACACUUCAUGGUGGAACUCAACAUACAAAGCGGUUUUAUUUUCUUUGGGACUUGAAGCUGAUAUCCAGUCAUUUAGUGGGUUUGGAGUUGCACUCGUUGCUAGGAAAAGCGGAAGUGGUCCAACAGAAACAUCAACAACACAACAAGAAUAUGAAUGUUCUCAUUAUACACCUAACUUCAAUAUUGUACAAGACUUGCAAUAUGCGUUAAAGAUUGAGUUCCCGUCGAAGUAUGAAGCAGGUAAUGUGUAG